GUGGGCAGUGGGUGAGAUUCUGGUCAUCGGGUGUCCACAGACCACUGCCUGGAAGCAAAUAUGGUGCAAAAGUAUACAUCACCCAUACGGGUGUACAAGUAUCCAUUUGAGCUUGUGAUGGCUGCCUAUGAGCUGCGCUUCCCUUCCUGUGAUAUGAUUCCAAUUCUGGCUGGUACUGAGAUACUCACUGAUGAGAAGAGUGAUGAUGGGGCUGUACAUGUGGUGGAGCGCAAGUGCCGCCUGCAUGUGGAUGCACCAUACCUGCUCAAAAAGAUCAUGGGCGUCGACUUCAUCUACUUCCGGCAGAAGAACUCGCUCGACAUGCGGGCGCGCACGCUCCACAUCGAGGCCUGGAACGAGAGCUUCGCUUCUCGGGUUGUUAUCAACGAGAACUGCCGCUACACGGCACACCCCGAGAACCCGGACUGGACGUGUUUCGAGCAGACGGCCAGCCUGGACGUCAAGUCGUUCUUCGGCUUCGAGAGCACCGUCGAGAAGAUCGCUAUGAAGCAGUACUCGGCCAACAUAUCCAAGGGCAAAGAGAUCAUCGAGCACUUCAUCCAGAAGCUGAAAGAGGAUGGCGUCACGUACGUGGCGCCGUUCGAGGCUACCGGCACGUCCGUGCCGGCCGUCACCGUCACAGGAGACACGCCGGAGAGCCGCGUGUGCGCUGACCUCUCCGACCUGGACCUGUCGACCGGCGAGAACGACUCUGACCACCAGCUGACGUCGGCCACACAGCUGCACCGGCGUCGCUCGGCCGUCGACUCAGACGGCAGGAGCCAGCUGGAGGCCGACUACAUCCAGCGCUGCCUGGGCAACCUGACGCCGCUGCAGGAGAGCCAGCUGAUCCAGCUGCGCACCUGGGUCUCGGAGCUGGUGAAGGGCAAGACCCCGGGAGACGCAACGCUGCUUCGCUUUCUGCGCGCGCGUGACUUCAACGUGGAGAAGGCGCGCGAGAUGAUCAGCACCAGCCUGGUGUGGCGCAAGAAGUACCAGGUGGACCGGCUGCUGCAGGAGUACCAGACGCCGUCCGUGGCGAGGGACUUCUUCCCGGGCGGCUGGCACCACUCGGACCGCGAUGGCAGGCCUCUGUACAUCCUGCGCAUGGGCCAGAUGGACGUGAAGGGUCUGAUCAAGGCUGUGGGAGAGGAGGGCCUCCUCAAGCUGGUGCUGCACAUCUGCGAGGAGGGCCUGCGCCUGGCCGAGGAGGCCACCAUGCGCGAGGGACGCCCCAUCCGCUCGUGGACGCUGCUGGCUGACCUAGAUGGCCUGAACAUGCGCCACCUCUGGCGGCCCGGCAUCAAGGCGCUGCUCCGCAUCAUUGAGAUCAUGGAGGCCAACUACCCGGAGACGAUGGGCCGCGUGCUGAUCAUCCGAGCGCCGCGCGUCUUCCCCAUCCUCUGGACGCUCGUCUCCACCUUCAUCGACGAGAAGACGCGCGAGAAGUUCCUCUUCUGCGACGACGACUACCAGCACGGCCUCAAGUUCUACAUUCCCGAGGAGCACAUACCGGAGUUUUUGGGCGGCAUGGCACAGUGUGUCAUCAGUGAGGGCGGCCUCAUCCCCAAGACCAUGUACAUGCCGAUCGAGGACAUGGAGAACCAGAAGGGAGAGCUGUGCGGCGGCAUGGACUCCAUCUACCACUGCGUCAGCCUCACCCGCGGCCAGGUGCAUGAGGUGCUGAUCCUGAACAGCGACCGCGGCUCGGUCAUCUGCUGGGACUUCGACAUCAUGAAGUCGGAUGUGGCGUUCUCGGUGCUCCGCACCAAGGUGCCCAUCACCAACAAAGAGCUGGCUCAGCCGCACUCAGGUGCGCUGCAGGUUCUGGAAACACUAAACCCGCUGGCGGAGGACGCCGAGCACCGCUCCGUGGUGGAGAAGAGCUGGAAGGAGGGCGUCGACUACUUCCGCGUCGAGCCGACGCUCAUCUGUCAUGACGGCGAGAGUGUGCAGGGCACGCACGUGACGGCGCACCUGGGCACGUACGUGCUGCAGUGGCGCUACCAGGAGUCGGCCGGCGGCCACCACGGCACGCCGCGCGAGCUGAUCGACACCAUCACGGCGCAUAAGGCGCGCGUCAUGUACUUCUACGAGACGCUGCGGUCGGCAGACUACAAGGGCUCCAUGACUUCGCUCAACUCCGGCACGUCGGGCUUCUCGUCGCUGUCGUCGCACUCGCACCAGGUGCCGUCGACGGUGGCGUCGUCGCGCACCAGCAGAUGACGGCGUUAGCCUGCCGAGCCGGUGGGCUGGCCGGAGCGGCGCGGCUGGACGUGGUCUGGGCGCCGGCCGGGCCCGCGCGUCCCGGCGCAGGGCUCCAGACAGCCGGGCCCGCGUGGGCCGGCGCAGGGCUCCAGACAGCCGGGGCCUGCCGUCCCCGGACGCUGUCUCGAAGGCGUCCGCGAUCGCUCGCCGGCUCCGACGGCGUGCGGGACUCGGCUCGCUCAUUUGUCGGCCGUUGGGUCGGUGUGACCGUAGGACACUGUCUCACCUGCGACGAUUACCCAUGCUCGUUGGAUGUGUUAAAUUCACUUUAUGAUAUAUGUUGUAAAAGGAUAAGUUAAGUUACAUACAGUAUACAGUGUCGCUGUGUCCCAGAUGCGGUAGCGCUGCAAUGGUACUUACUGCAUGGUGGCUCGAUAGUGUUGGUGGUCUACGGGAUGCUCCGUAGUAGUUUCAAUGUGGUCGUACAAACCGCACCCGUUCGGUAAUAAUGUGGUCACUCCUAACCCCUAGCGAUGGGUGCUUGAUUUACAUAGCAGUCGAUUUCUCUGACACUGUGACCAGGGGCCCGCUUGUUGAUGCACUUGAGAAGAACACUUUCAAUCAGCUACAUCGACUAGCUAGUCGUCGUUGACCAGUGUAUGCCAGCACCUGGCGGCGUUGUUAGAAGUACAACUUGUGCGCGCGUUCGUAGCAGGGCGCCACCUGCAUCAGGCGUACUUGGCGCCAGUGCCGGACGGACGGUAUUGUUCGCAGUUGUGUGCGGAGACUGAGACAACAAAUAACGUGCGUACAUAUGUGACACAGUGAUUUAUCUGGCCGUUGAGUGGCAGACGCCCGCUCCUGGAUCUCCAGGAGCCGCGCGGAGGCUGUCUUGGGGCCGGUUGGCCGGUUGUGCUGUGUUUGUAGGGCUCCUGUGACGGGCGUUGCCAUCUGUGGCCCGCUGGAGCAGUGUCGGCGGAUGUGGCCGCUGACCGUGGGGCGGGCCUGAGGCGGGCUCUGACGCCCCGCGGCCCGUGCGCUCCGCUCAUUCACAGCGCGUGCCCGGGCCACGGGACGGUGUAUGUAUCAAGGGCUUCCUCCCGAACCCCGGGCUGUGCCGAGACUGCUGCGGUGGUCUGGGCAUGCGCCGGCCAACAAAACGCUAAUAAACGCCCUAAUGGAA